GCCACCCGUCGCCGCAGUGGUGUGUGGGAAGGAGAGAUCAUGGCGGCGGAGCCCAGCAAGACGGAGAUUCAGACUCUCUUCAAGCGGCUUCGAGCGGUGCCGGCAAACAAGUCGUGCUUCGACUGCGGCGCGAAGAACCCGAGCUGGGCCAGCAUCACUUACGGGGUGUUCCUGUGCAUUGACUGUUCCGGCGUACACAGGUCCCUGGGCGUGCACCUCAGCUUCAUCAGGUCCACAGAGUUGGAUUCUAACUGGAACUGGUUCCAGCUAAGGUGUAUGCAAGUGGGCAGCAAUGCCAAUGCGACUGCUUUCUUCUGCCAGCAUGGCUGCACUACUACAGAUGCCAAUGCUAAGUAUAAUAGUCGAGCUGCCCAGAUGUACAGGGAGAAGAUCCGGCAGCUGGCAAGUUCUGCCAUGGCCAAGUAUGGCACUGAGCUGCUUAUAGAUGGACUGAGUGGAGUCCCUGGGCACUCUCCUGACAAGAGUGAUGCUGAUUUCUUCAUGGAGCACACACAGUCUCCCAGCACCUGGGAUAUAGCAGAUGCCAGCCAGAAUCCUGCACAGUCUUCCUCAGAGGUGGAAGAAGCAGCCAAGUCAUCGGAAGGCAGUGAAGUGUCAAGUUCCAGCCAGGGCCCCUCUACUGAUAUGUUGAGCACAUCUCCUAAAGCUACUCUAGAACUCAAAUCCUCCCUCAUUGGAAAGAAGAAACCAGGAGCUACCAAGAAAGGGUUGGGUGCAAAAAAAGGUCUUGGAGCCCAGAAAGUGAGCAGGCAGAGCUUCAGUGAGAUUGAGAGGCAAGCCCAGGUGGCAGAACAGCUGAGGGAGCAACAGGCAGCGGAGUCCAGGAAACAAGCUGAGGAGUCCAUAGUCACUUCAAUGCGACUGGCUUAUCAGGAACUGCAGCUUGACCGGAAGAAGGAAGAGAAGAAACUUCAGAAUCUUGAAGGGAAGAAACGUGAACAAGCAGAGAGGCUGGGCAUGGGCUUGGUGUCCAGAAGUUCUGUUUCACACUCUGUGAUGUCUGAAAUGCAAGUCAUUGAGCAGGAGACACCACUGGCUGCAAAAUCUUCCCGCUCCCAACUGGAUUUGUUUGAAGAUGCUGGAGGUUUCACAUCUGGACCGCCCAAGUACAAAUACAGUCCCUUUUCAUUUGAUGAUGCAUUUGGCUCACGAUGGGAAGGAGACUCUUCAUGGGGAGUGGACAAAGAGGAGGAACCUGAGGUGACCAUUUCCAGUGUUCGGCCAGUUUCAGAGAGACCCACCAGCAGGCGGGAGACAGAGAACAGGACAUCUGUUGUGGAAUCCAAUGAAGCUCGGCAGAAGUUUGCAGGGGCUAAAGCGAUCUCUUCAGAUAUGUUCUUUGGCCGGGAGGCAGAUGCUGAGUAUGAAGCCAGGUCUCGACUACAGCAGCUCUCAGGCAGCAGUGCCAUCAGCUCUGCAGACCUCUUUGGAGAGGCUGAGAAUGUGCACUCAGGUGGUGUGUCAAUUGGAAAUGUCCUACCUGCAGCUGACAUUGCACAGUUCAAACAAGGAGUUAAAUCAGUUGCUGGCAAGAUGGCUGUCCUAGCCAACGGGGUGAUGAACUCUAUCCAGGAUCGUUAUGGCUCAUAUUGAUGACCCAGGGACUACAACUCAGAAGGAAGCCAGCAGCAAGAGGCACUGAUGCCACUUUUGCCUGGAGUCAACUGUGCAGAAUUGUCUUUGUCUGGGAUGUGGGGGGAGGGGUGUCAGGACAUGGCUGUGCCUAGGAUGCUUUCUGAGUAUCUCUGGAUUCUACUCUAUUAAAAUUCAUUGUGCCCUCAUA